AUGGCCGGCACCACCGUGUGCUCCAUGUGCGGCGACGUCGGGUUCCCCGACAAGCUCUUCCGCUGCGCCCGCUGCCGCCGCCGCUUCCAGCACUCGUACGUACCUACGCCCUUCGUCGACUACUGCACCAACUACUACGGCGACGCGGCACCGGCCCAGGCGGGCGCCGGCGUGUGCGACUGGUGCCUCAGCGACGACGUCGUCGGUGGCGGGAAGAAGCGGCAGCACUCUUCGGCGUCGGGAUGCGACAAGCAGCACCCGCAGGUGGUGGAAGAAGAGGCAGGCAGAGGCGCGCAGCAGCCGGCGGCGUCGUUCCCGCCCAGCGGGUGCAGCAAGCAGGGCGCCGGCAAGGUCACCGGCGGCAGCGAGCACGGCGAGGGCGCCGGAGGCCCCGCAGGUACAAGCUCCUCAAGGACGUGCUGUGCUAGCGAGCCGGCCGGCAGCCGGCUGGCUAUUAGCUAG